GGGGCGGGGAUCGAUCCGGCAGCGUCGCCGUCGCGGGUGUUCCUCAACUGGGAGGCGGCGGAGGCCGACGUUAACCGGAGGUACAAGUGCUUGCACCCGAGGUGCCUCAUGGAGGUCUGCGUAUUCCUCAAAGGAAAAUGGGAGGAAAAAGAGGCUAAAAAUUUGGACAAGAUAUUUCUGCGGUUGAGAACUGUCAGGUGUCACAGAGAGAUGAAGAUAGACCAGCCGGUAUCUGAAUCAUCGUCUGAGACUUGGCAGAGAACAUGGAAUCUUUACUGUGAAUUUGGCACCAGAGGCAUUGCAAUGGAGCUACGGCAAAAUGGAAGUAGUUGCUUAAGAAAUAGCAAGUUGCUUAAAUCUCUAGUCUUCCUGUGGAAUGACUUGCUGCGGGCAACUACUCUCACUCUAACAAUAGAGAUAGAGAUGCAAGUGAGAGCCAUGACAUCAAUCACACCCCCUAUUCAGGCCCCUUACUUCUUAAAGUGUGUUCCAGAUAGAGUAACAGAUGAUGGUGGUGCAAUGAUUUCAGAUGUGAUACUGCGGAUGAAUAGAUAUCGCCCACAAGGUGGUCGAUGGUUAUCUCGCACAGUUCUUGAUCAUGCUGGAAGGGAAUGUUUUGUGAUACGAAUACGAGUAGGCAGAGGGAUUUGGAGAAGAGGAGCUGAAACUCCAACAGCAAUAAAAUGGGAGGACCGAAUCACAGAAGUACGAGAAGGCCCCUGGAAAUAUGUGGGCGGUUCUGUUGGCACUGCACCUGGGAAGGUGGUGGGCACCGCAACACCUAAGAAAGAAAAUCUACUAGAGAAGAAGGCAACUUGGUCUCUAUCAACAGGUGAUGUCCUGACAAUACAAUGGGAAGAUAGACUGGAAAUUCAACUUGAAAAUGAAAAUUCUACUGAAUCGGCGAAGCUGUUGAGAGGGAGAAAACUACAGUACCAGGUAAAGGAGGUUAGCCCAUCAGACAGGCAGGAUGAGGAGGAAGCGCAGUACUUUACACUAGUUCGAUUUACCUCGGAACAUCCAGAUGGAAAAGCUACAGCUCUUCUAAACUGGAAGUUGUUUGCAGUAGAGUUUUCACCAGAAGAGGAUGCGGUGCUAGUGCUGCUCUUGUGCAUGGCUAUAAUACGAACCAUUUCAGAGAUAAGAAGGGAAGAUGUCAGUGGCUUAUUACUGCGCAGGAGAGUGAGGGAAGUGAAAGCAGGACACAGAGACUGGGGCUCGGUGAUUCUGCCUUCAUCUUCGUCAUGCUUGUCUCCCCAUUUACAACCUUGGUAUUGGAAUGCUGAGAAAGUAUUAGCCUCAGCAGAUGAUGGCAGGGGGCCGACUUCUAAGUAUUCCCCUGCUGAUGGGAAGGACCUACUGUAUAAGCAAGCAAUCAUACCUUGAAGAAACCUUGACUACAUUCACAAGGUUCCCAACAUCAACAGGAUAUACUUCAGAUGAGAUUAUGUGUGUUUCUUGGUUAAGGACUCUUUUUCCUUUUUAUUUCCUCUUUAUUUCUUUAGAGAGAGAGAGAGAGAGAGUUCAUCCUUUCAGUAAUGUGGUGUGUGCAGUAGUGCAGCUCUGUUUGGUAUAGCUUCACAUGAUAUUGAGUGCAGACUGGUUCAGUUUGUUGUCUUCUGCUUGGGUCCAAGUGCAGUUUGACACAGAUCUAGAUCAAGUAUGGCAAGGAGUUAAUGAUGUCAUGGGCCCUUGCAUCAUUUACCAAGAACAACAUGAAUAAUAGCUGUAUCUUUGAUGCGGGCUGCAUAUAUUUUAAUACUCAACUUUUUAAAAUAAUGGUGCA